AUGCCGGCACAAAAUAAAAAUUUAAGAAACGUACAACCGACUUUGGUACUCGGCGGAAAACAAUAUUCAACCGAAAUAAGACUCGAAGAUUUGGACGAUGAACUUCCGGAACCGGAAAGGCCGCCAUUGAGAUUGAUCGAUCGAUACGUAAAAGCCGAAUGCCCUUGUUUGAGUCAGAGAUAUACUGUUGCCGUUUUAACUUGUUUGGGAUUCGUCAUUUCUUUCGGUAUGAGAUGCAACAUGGGAAUGGCCAAAUUACAAUUCGAACAUUACGAUAACAGCUCGAUAAAUUUUGACGAUGUUAAAUUUAAUUGGUCCGUCGGUGUGGAAAGCGCAGUGGAUUCAUCAUUUUUUUGGGGAUAUUUAAUAACGCAAGUACCCGGUGGAUUUUUAGCAUCUAAAUACCCGGCAAAUAGAAUAUUCGGUACGGCUAUUGCCACGUCAUCAUUUUUAAAUCUUCUCGUACCGGGUGCAAUAAGCAUACAUCCGACGAUAACAAUACUCGUGAGAAUAUGUCAAGGAUUAGUUGAAGGUGUUACAUAUCCCGCCUGUCAUGGAAUUUGGAGAUUUUGGGCGCCACCAUUAGAACGUUCGAGAUUAGCAACGCUCGCAUUUUCCGGAUCUUACGCAGGUGUCGUUUUAGGUAUGCCAUUAUCAGGUUUAUUAAUCGGUGGUAUAGGUUGGCAAGCUCCUUUUUAUUUUUACGGUGUUGUCGGUUUGCUUUGGUAUUUGUUUUGGCUUUGGUUAACAUUUGAAAAACCCUGCAAACAUCCGACCAUCAGUGCUAAAGAAUUAUAUUACAUAGAACAAUCUUUAGGUUCGAGUACUCAAGUAGCUAUGCCAACAAUAUCUACGACACCCUGGAAAAAUUUUUUCACAUCGACUCCAGUUUAUGCUAUUAUAAUAGCUAACUUUUGCAGAUCGUGGAAUUUUUACUUAUUAGUUUUGUUCCAGGCAAAAUAUUUACAAACUUGUUUUAAUUUUCAAAUCGAAGAGACUGGUUUUGUCGGUGCUUUACCACAUCUACUUAUGACCAUGAUUGUACCCAUGGGUGGAUUACUCGCUGAUAACAUAAGAAAGAAAGGCAUAUUAUCGACAACGGCAGUUCGAAAAUUAUUCAAUUGCGGAGGAUUCGGAAUGGAAGCAUUGUUUUUCGUUGUUGUUGCUUAUGCAAAAACUGCAAUGGCGGCAACGGUUGCUUUAACGUUCGGAGUUGCAUUUUCCGGGUUUGCCAUUAGCGGUUUUAACGUUAAUCAUUUGGAUAUUGCUCCUAGGUAUGCAAGUAUUCUCAUGGGUAUGUCUAACGGAAUUGGAACUAUAGCCGGUUUGAUUUGUCCGAUAGCGAUUGAUAACAUAACUCGACAUCACGAUUGUCCAAGUUGGAAAACCGUUUUCAUACUUGCUGCAACCGUACAUUUUGUCGGUGUGACGUUUUAUGCAAUUUUUGCAUCGGGAGAGUUACAACCCUGGGCAGAGCCAACACCAGAACAAUUAAAAGCUUGGGAAGAAGCUGCAACGGGUAACAAAUCUCAAAUUGUGCGACCUCCUCCACCCAGACCUCCAAUUCCAGGUGAAAAAACAAUAGAAACUCAAUUAACAAAUACCUUACCUCAACAAAAUUAUGGAGCCACAGAACCAUCAAAUCCUUCAAAUCCAUUUAGAACCGGUGGUGGUGGUGACGCGAACAUUGUCGGUAACGAAUGGGGUGACGAACAAAAAUACAUUUCACCAAGUCAAUUAGAAUUUACUCGACAGAGUCAAUAUACAGAUGUGACCGGAAGUAGAAUUUUACCUCCGGGUACAAAUCCAUUUACUUACACUAAUACAUUUAUUGCCGAAGAACCAGUUCAACCCGAACCCCAAGAUCCUUAUUUACAUGGUACCAUGUCCGAUAGAGCUUAUUAA